AUGGCCUUGCCGGAGAGGGACAGCACACGCUUUAAAGAGCACGCGGACACCGAGUUCGGGAGGUGGGGGGACGGAUGGCAGACCAGAAGGAAGAGGAGCCCAGGUCACGACUGGUGCGUCAUCAGGCUGGGAGUUCAGGGGCUCAUCCGGGGCUUCAAUGUGGACACUUCUUACUUCGUGGGAGAUCACGCCCCUCGAGUGUCGAUUCAGGCAGCAAACUACGAAGAAGAUAAACAACCAGAAAUCCCUCAACGAGAAGUCAGAACGGGAGCUGCGGCCACCCCUGAGGAGUUUGAAGCCAUUGCUGAGCUGAAGUCCAGCGACUGGAAUCACUUGGUUCCCAUGACAGAGCUUGAACCAGGAACUCCGGCUUCCAGCCACAACUACUUUCCGGUCAGUUCCCAGCAGAGGUGGACUCACGUCCGACUCAACAUCUUCCCGGAUGGUGGAAUUGCACGCCUUAGGGUAUACGGUACUGGACAGAAAGACUGGACCGCGAGUGAUCCCACAGAGCCGUCAGACCUCGUGACCAUUGCUUACGGGGGUGCCUGUGUAGGAUUCAGCAAUGCACAUUUUGGGCACCCAAACAACAUAAUAGGAGUGGGCCAGGCCAAGUCCAUGGCCGACGGCUGGGAGACCGCCCGGAGGCUGGACAGGCCGCCCGUCCUGGAGAGUGAUGAGAAUGGUGUCCUUCUGGUGCCGGGUUGUGAGUGGGCAGUUUUCCGACUGGCCCAUCCUGGAAUAAUAACUCAAAUUGAAAUCGAUACGAAACUUUUCAAAGGCAAUUCUCCCGACAGCUGUAAGCUGGACGGCUGCAUCCUGACGACCCAGGAGGAAGAAGACAUGGUCAGGCAGAACUGGGAUCUCCCCGGCCACAAGUGGAAACCCCUGCUUCUGGUCACAAAGCUGAACCCGGACGAGACCCACCUGUUGGACAGCCUCACACCGGAGCUGCAGGAUGUCAUCACCCACGUGAGGUUCACCAUCACCCCGGAUGGGGGCGUGAGACGCCUGCGGCUCAGGGGCUUCCCCAGCUCCAUCUGCCUCCUCCGGCCGCGGGAGAAACCCGCGAUGAGGUUCUCGGUUAAGGCGGGCUUCAGGUCCAACCUGUAGCCCACACGGAACCGUGGUGGCUCCACGACGCUCAGUCCUGCUCUCCAAGUGUUUUCAACACCCAACCCCUAGAAGUUCCUAGCAACUAACCUUGUGACGAUCAA